AGCCACGGUUAUACGCGUUGCCCAAGUCCCAGCGGACGGAGUUGACUCUGACGAACACCACCUAAAACCUGGCGCGACCCGCAGCACCGGACGGAGACGGGCGGCGGCUGCGCGCGGCGACACUCGGAUGAACUGACUACAGGUUUCCAGUGUCAGUGGACUCCACGUGCAGGAAGAUAAAGGACUUUAAUUCAGGGGAGCAGAAGCAGAGCGUUAGUCUCCUGUGAAUGGACACAGACGCCCAAUGUCCUCGUAAAGGGCACGUGUUCUAAACCCUCCCGUGUCCCGUCCCUGGAUAUUCUUUGACUUCAUCAAUCGAGCGACCAAGAGCCGCAGACAUGGACGUGGCGGCGGAUCAGCCCCGCUGGAUGCAUCACCACGCCGUGCUGAACGGACAGCACCCGGACUCGCACCACCCCGGCCUGGGCCACAACUACAUGGAGCCCACCGCUCAGCUGCUGCCCCCGGACGAGGUGGACGUUUUCUUCAACCACCUGGACUCGCAGGGAAACCCGUACUACCACAACCCCGCCAGAGCCCGGGUGUCCUACAGCCAAGCGCACGCCCGCCUGGCGGGGACUCAGGUCUGCCGGCCUCACCUCAUCCACAGCCCGGGGAUUUCGUGGCUGGACGGGGGGAAGUCGGCCCUGUCGGCCCACCACCACAACGCCUGGGCCGUCAGCCCCUUCACCAAGCCCAGCCUGCACCACCCCGGCUCGGCGUCCCCGGGCGCGCUCUCGGCCGUCUACCCGUGCAGCAGCAACUCAAACGCGGUCUCCGCAUCCUCGCUGACCCCGCCGUCCCACUCCAGCCCCCACCUGUACACCUUCCCCCCCACGCCGCCCAAGGACGUAUCGCCGGACCCGGGGGCCGCGUCCUCGCCGUCCUCCGCCGCCAGAAUGGACGAAAAGGAAUCUAUCAAGUACCAAGUGUCGUUACCUGAGGGGAUGAAGAUGGAGGGGUCCAGUCCGCUGAGGAGCAGCCUGGCCUCCAUGACCGCCCAGACGCCCCCCACCCACCAUCCGAUCCCGACGUACCCCUAUUCUCUGCCAGCGGCGCACGAGUACAGCGGCAGCCUGUUUCACCCCGGCAGCCUGCUGGGAGCGUCGUCCGGCUUCACCGCCAAAAACAAAGGCAAGACGCGGUCCUGCACCGAGGGCCGUGAGUGUGUGAACUGUGGAGCCACCUCGACGCCCCUGUGGAGGCGCGACAGCACCGGACACUACCUGUGCAACGCCUGCGGCCUGUACCACAAAAUGAACGGGCAGAACAGACCGCUGAUCAAACCCAAACGCAGGCUGUCGGCCGCCAGACGAGCAGGCACCUGCUGUGCUAACUGCCAGACGACCACCACCACGCUAUGGCGGCGUAACGCCAACGGAGACCCGGUGUGCAACGCCUGUGGCCUCUAUUAUAAGCUGCAUAAUGUGAACCGGCCCCUGACCAUGAAGAAGGAGGGGAUACAGACGCGCAACCGCAAGAUGUCCAACAAGUCCAAGAAGUGCAAGCGGAGCGGCGACGGCUACGAGGACUUCUCCAAGAGCCUGCACGACAAGGGCUCCCCGUUCAGCGCCGCCUCGCUGGCCGGACACAUGUCCAUGGGCCACCUGGCGCCGUUCAGCCACGCCGGACACAUGCUGCCCACGCCCACGCCCAUACACCCGUCCUUCGGGCACCCGCACCACUCCAACAUGGUGACGGCCAUGGGCUGAGGGAGGGGGGGGCUCGGGGGGCUCGGCGCGGAUGGACCCAGAUUGAUUAUUCCAAUGGUUUUGUUGGGGAAAAGCUGUGCGGAGGUGGGAAGGACCUUUUUUUUUGCUUCUUGUCUUUAGGUACCUACUGUGACGGGGGAGGUUCUGCUACACACGCAAACACCAAAACGUCUUUGCUCUAUUGGUCCCCACUGACCCGAUGGCCCGAGUGUCUGCAGCCAACAGGUUCAUUUAACUGUGAAUAUUGUAAAUGCGUGAACCCGAAGGGGACGUCGCAGACGGAGCAACCCUCUUCACAAUAUUACAUGAAAAUAUGCUGGAUUUCUUUGCUCGUGGACUUUUUUUUUAAGCUUUCACAAAGAAAACAAUCAAAAAAAAAAAGAUUUAUGAUCCUUAAUUUGACACUGUUUAUUAUAAUUAUUGUUAUUCUAAAUAUUAUUGUUAUUCAGAUAAUUUAUUUUCGCUGCCUUCUAUCUUUGACUAUAUCACUUGAAUCCCAGUUAUGAAUAUAUUUUUUAGCUGAGGCGCAUUCUCUAAGCUGGUUAACAUCUAUGCUCUUUAGAAAUAAAGAGACCAAGUUCAUUAACCGUCUGCUCCGUCUGUUUAAUAUCACAUAUGUACGUUUGCCGAAUCAGAACCAUUAGUGGGAACCUAGUCAUGGUUAUGCUGUGACUACCAUAAUUUUACAAUAACACAAAUCAAAGCUACCUAAUAACAAUAUUUGAUUUUUGUACUAUUAUCACUUAUCAUACCAUCUUAUGUAAAUCGUAUAUGCAUCAGAUGCUCUGUAUCUGUUCCUGUUGUUCUCUGCAGUGAUACAUCAGCAGUUUUUGUGCGUGGGCCAGUUCAUCCACAGCCGACGCUAAAGUCACCAGAGCAUUUCUACCACUGCCUCUGUCUGAUUUCCAUCUAACACUUUCACUAUUUCAGUCCCAGAGCAAAUGUUUGCUCCUCGCUACUUGUCAAACACAGCUGAAAACUGGUGUCCAGUGCAAACCUGUUAAUAAAAUUUAUCCUAGCAGCGAUGA